UCCCCUCCCUCCCUCCCCCCGAGCGGCGCUGUGCUGCCUGUCACACGCACACUCCCUGGCAAACGGGCGCAGGAGGCAAAUGGCUAAUAAAGUGGAGCUGGCCCCGCUCCGACCGUGGGACGACUUCUUCCCCGGCUCGGAGAGGUUCGCGAAGCCCGACGUGAAAGACGUGGCGAAGUGGAACAACAGGGUUGUCAGCAACCUUCUUUACUACCAGAGCAAUUAUCUGGCUUCGGCCGUCGUCGUCUUCCUCGUCGUCGGGUUCCUGAACCCUCUGGGGAUGUUCACAGCCAUGUCCGUGGUGUCGGCCGUCUUCCUGGGUUCAGUGUGGGCCGGAGAGAACAGAGCGGUGAUCAACAACUUCAAGAGGCAGAAUCCCACGGCGUUCGUGAUCGCCGUCAUGGUCGCCAGCUACGUCUUAAUCUCCAUGAUGGGGAGUGUCAUGGUGUUCAUGUCGGCGAUCACUCUACCUCUGGCUUUGAUAAUGGCACACGCUUCGUUUCGCCUCCGCAACAUGAAGAAUAAACUGGAGAACAAGAUUGAAGGCGCCGGACUGAAGAGGUCACCCAUGGGCUUAUUGCUGGAGGCUCUGGGUCAGCAAGAGGAGAACAUUCAAAAGAUCCAGAGCUUUCUGGAGGGAAAACUGAAGGAGUGAACGGACACACACACACACACACACACACACACACACACACACACACACACACACACACACACACACACACACACACACACACACACACACACACACACACACACACACACACACACACACACACACACACACCCCAUGUCCAUCAUUUUGGUCAAAGAAUCAGAUUUUUUUCCCCCUUAGAUGUAACAAAUGUCUGUAUCUCUCAGCCUAAACUGCUUUAAAGUUUUGUUUCGUACACAGUGUGUUUACCCUUGUGUGUUUCGAACAGCAGGUUUGUUAUCUUUGCCUCUGGCUUAUCUGUCACUCCACCCAGAACCUGUCGGGGCCCUUUUCUUCGAAGCGGCGAUCGAGUUGCACCUCAGUGCCGCCUCACAUCUCUGCUAUGCAGCGUGUUCGGUGCUCCGCGCAGCUUUGCAGACUCCCUCCUUCGUACAGAAAUCUGCCUUUAAUCAGUCUUGAGAAACAAACCUUCACUCCUGCCAGUUCACGCUCAGCGCAAAUUGUGAAAGCGAUGCAAGUGUUGCCUUUUAACAAAGAGUGAAAAAGUGCACAGUCAACACGCGUCGCUGCCAAGACACUCCGAGGGGCUGAAAAAAAUGCAACAGUUUACUCAGGCACACGUCUGACUACAAACCGACCGACCUCAUGUUCAUGCUGGUAAAGAGAGCCAGACUAAAGAGAGAACUGAGUCAGAGCCGUGUCCAUAUUUUAAAAUGAAGACUUCAAAGCAGCGUGAGGUUCUUAACCCCGUGCCCAUCAGUAUUCCUCCUGCACCUCUUGACUGUCUAAUCUUGACAAUGCCCCCUGGGUGAUGGAUUGGGCCAACUUUGCUCUCCUCUCCACUUCACCCCCAAUGCUAAUCAAUGGGCUGCAGUAGAUUAUAGUGUGGCGAGCUGAGACCAAGUGGACUCAUCUGCAGUCGUUCACCUCCGAGUCCCAGUCACUCGCUGCGUCAGCUGCCUUGGCUGUUUCAUAUUGGGAUUCCAUUUGAAAAUUGGCCGCAGAUAGCGAGAAUCCGCCUGGAACAUAACGCUCUUGUUAUUUUGAUUUUAAGGGGCGGUGUGUAAGGAGCUGGGGGAUAUGUGAAGAUAAGAAUGAUGGGCAUCAAAAGGAAGGAGGGUUCCAGGGCGCCUGUUGUGUUCAAGUUUAACCCUUUGCCUUCAGAACGUCCCCCCACUCUUUAGCACGUGAUGUGGCCCGCUUCUUCCGAGGAAUGCAUGAUAUUUUUUUUUGGGACUGACCCCGCAGAUGACCUCUGCACACUCUGGUGUAACAGUAUUCCAGUGGCCCUCCACUUUAACUUUGACUCAAGCUGCAAGGCCUUUACCCCCCCACCCCGUUGCUACAGUAGUGAUUUAUUUCCCCCCGCUGCGGUGCCCCCAUCUCCAUCCAUACUGUGCAACGUGGAGGAGGGAACACAAGUAAAGUCAUGUCCCCGAGGGCACAGUGGAGGCCCUUGUUCUCGCUGCCGCAGCUGCUGUCGGGGUCCUACCGACACGCGUGUGCUGCCGCUCACCCAACAGGUGUGUGUGUGUGUGUGUGUGUGUGUGUGUGUGUGUGUGUGUGUGUGUGUGUGUGUGUGUGUGUGUGUGUGUGUGUGUGUGUGUGUGUGUGUGUGUGUGUGUGUGUGUGUGUGUGUGUGUGUGUGUGUGUGUGUGUGUGUGUGUGUGUGUGUGUGUGUGUCUUCUGUGUUUUCUCCUCAACCGACGCUGACGCACAACAAAACACAAACUCCCAUCCUCCUCCUCCUCCCUCGGUGUUGUUUGCAUGAAUCAGCAACACUUUAUCUAACUUGUCAUUUUCGAAACAGCCGCAAUUGCGUCCCAAAGGUGGUGUCCGGCGAGGCAGCCGCAGCCAGUGCACAAACCUGUGCUCUGUUGUGGCACCGGCUGCGAAGUAACAACACUCGUGUCCAGGAUUUUGACUUGCAACAUCAUCCACCUGUUUAGUUGCCACAACACAAAGACGAGAGUCAGGGAAUCAUUUUUGCGUCAGACAAAACUUUAGUUGGGUUCGGUCAGACUCACAUUGACAACACGCCGCCUGCGUGUUCACCCUUCCAAGCCCCACCCCCUCCCUCCUCCGCCUCCUCCUCCUCCUCCUCCUCCUCGAACUUGCCUGAGAGGCUUUGGCUUUUGGCCGGCUAAGCUGGUUAGCUAGCCGCACAACUCAAACAGUCAUUCAGCAGAUCCGGCCGCCUGGAGCCAGUUCACGUGACACGUUAAAGACGACCCGCUGUGGCCUUUCGCAGUCGGCUGCAUCCUCAUGUGAGCUCUUCAACCUUUACCGCUCACCCGCCCCGCUGCUCUCGGGCCUCCUGCAGGAGAGGUCAUCCAUGUUAGCCCAUGUUAACAAGGCUUCGGUGCAUGUGACCGGUCAGCUAAUCCAACGAUUCACUCUUCAUCACCUGUCAGGACCACUAACACGUGGAUCAAAGGUGCAAUGUGCCGAUCCUUGGGAUGGUUGACGGUCACUUUAAAUCUGGGUUGUGUUGAAAGCACAGAUUUGAUACCAAAGUUUCUGUACCAAUGCCUAAAGUAUGUAUUUUUUCUAAAACAUGUUGAAUGCCCCCUGGCGGCUGGCUGUGUAGUAUGUGUCAUAAACCCCGCCCCCUCUAUGGGAUGGAAUGUGACGAGCUAAAAAAGUUAAUAAAAGUAUUUUUUCCAAUG